GCAAUUCACGUGGGUGCAGUGGAGUGAUCCAGUGGCCGCUGGUCGGUUGAAUUCACCAGUCCAGCUCCCCUAAACACGAGAAAACAUGGUAGAUGAAGCUGGUGACAGAGAUGAAUCAGCGACUGUGGCAAUCAUCAGAGAAGUCUACGACAGUGCGAAUGCACAUGAGGCUUUCGAAUAUGAAUUGGAGAGAGCACUCGAGGCUGAAUACAAUCUGAUUGUCAUUGAGCCAUCGAAACUUGGAGAUGAGACCUCCAGGUGGAUUACUGUGGGGAAUUGCCUUCAUAAGACAGCAUCGCUGUCUGGAAUAGCCGCUAUCAUCACUGGUGUUGUUUGGGGCGACAAACCAUACAUUUGCGGUACAUUUGGAAUAACAGCUGUGGUAACUUGUGGACUUUACACAGUAUCAUGGCAAUUUGAUCCAUGCUGCCAAUAUCAAGUAGAAACUGACACGAGUAAAUUACCUCAUGUUGAACUUCUAGCUGUUCUGGGACCUUCAUCCCCAACAUUUCUCGUAAGAAAAGAUGACAAAAGACGUAGAAUACUCCAUACAACAAUUACCCUCACUGCAUUCAGUAUCUGUGCAUGGAGGCUCUAUCAAGCAUUGAAAUGAAACAACAAACUCCACGAAAAACUUAAGAGGGGAUAAAUAAUACAAAAUAGUUGUUAAACGACAAAUGACUUUCCGCUCCCUUCCCACAUACACAUAGGAUAUUUUUCAGCAUUUUCCUUCCUCAUUAGUUGAAGGAUUUUUUUGGGGCAUGAUUUUGUCGCUAUGUCAAACGACUGUAAAACACUCUGGAGGAAUUUGAGAAUGAGGAGUUUUGGUUUAUCAAUUGUUCGUUUAGAAAGAAAAUAAAAAACAAAAUAUUUUAUUUUUACCGGUGAGAGAGCAAUAAAUAUUAGAGUUCACUGUAUUUUUUAAUCUGUAAAUAAAAUAGGUAGAAUACACAGUAUAAAAUGAAAAUGAAACAAAUUUGUUGCUACUGUUGGGACAUUGGAGGAUACGCGUCAACUUGACUCUCAUACGAUUCAGUUGCUAUUAUUUGUUAAAGUCAAUUUUCCCCCAAUUUUCAUGUAAAACAAGUGUCACACAGUUUGCCAGAGACGUCCCAUUUUGUCUCAUGUUUCCUUGUGUUUGGGGACAGUGAAACCAGAACAAUGAUUUUUUAUCGAUUGAUUUUUUCGUUUCAAAAUAAAGAAAAAAUGAUGCAAAAUUGCUUUUUUUCCUUUCUUGACUCAAUUUUUUUUUUCUACAAAAGAUAUUUGAGUACUGCUUUUUGUUCAAUUCCAUAUUUUAUUUCAAGAAAUGGUAUGUGCCAUUCCAGAAUGUUAUGAACAAAUAAAUGAGUAACUAAGCACAAUCCCAUUGACCAGAAAACAAAACUUGGUGUAUAAAGAGAACAUUUCAAGAAUUGAUAAAAAUAUGUAAGUAGUUGAAAAUAAAAUGCAAUUUCGUCUAGUA